AUGCAGCUCUGCACUGGCCACCUUUAGCAAGCAAGAGGGAUCAUGGACAGCAUACAGAGAUUUUCAAACCUGCCAACGUACCUCCCUGCGAGCUAUCACAUCUGCAAUGCUGAUGUUUUCUUCUUCCUCAAAGAAGCCAACCAGGAUAUCAUGAGGAACUCCAGUUUGCAGUCUAGGGUGGAUUCAUUCUUUAUAUACAAAGCCAAACUGCCACCUGUCCUAAAUGCCACAUAUGGACCCUUUUCUGUUGAACAGGCUGUUCCCUCGGACCUCAUGCUGACUUCUGCAUCUUUUGGUUUCACAAAUAAAUUCACUUUUAAUUGGAAAUUAAAAUCUCACAUAAUUGACAGCUCAAUCUAUUCCAACAAACCUAAAAUACAAACCUUGUUCUAUAUUGUGGGGAAGGACUGGGAUGACUUUAAUUCUGCGGAGAGGUUGCCUUGCGUGAAGAUGUUUGCUUUCCUCGAGUCUAGAGAAGUUGUGGCCAGCUGUAGAUUGACAGGUCAUCUAGGAUUAUGUGUUGCGGAGCUGGAAUUAUCUCCUAGCUGGUUCAGCUCCCCUCCACCCCUGGUUUCAGAGGAAACAGCCUCCCUGGAAGGGAUUACUGUGGAGCUCUUCUAUAAGAUUUAUACAGCAGAUGGGGAAUGUUCUCCAGAGGAUGCAAAAUGGGAAAACAAUAUCCAUGCAGGUCAAGAUAAUGAACACAAGGCUUUGUCAGCUAUGGAGAGGAUUGGUAGCAUCAUUGUUUACCCAAAUCAAGACAAAUUAAAACAGUCUUCACUGAGGCUAGAUGAAAAUGUCGUUAUUCGCUUACCACUCAACCCGGUCAGAGAAGGUGAUGUUGUGACCUUUCAUGUUUCCCUGGCUGAUGACUCUCUAGCAGACCAGUUUGUAUUAAGAAUUAGGACAGCCCCAGGUGUGAAGAUCAUGGACAUCAGGGUGAGUGAUGCAGACCAGUGGGGGGUUCAAGAAGAGACAGACAGCGCAAGGACCACUGCCACGAUCACCUGUGUGCACAACGACCCAAACGCAGAGAACAGAGCAAACAUGUCCUCUUACGAGAUCCUGCAGAUGGACUUUGAGAUUGACAACACUAGCAGCCUGGCAGGGGCCCAGCAAAUUACCUGGCAGGUGGAAUACCCUCGAGAUGACUCCCUGAGUGAACUCGUGGUCUCCGAGAUCUUUGUCAGCCGAACAAUGUUUGUGGGAAUUGUUCCUCUUGCGAUGGACACAGAAGUCCUUAACACGGCCAUUCUGACGGGCAAAACGGUGUCUGUCCCAGUCAAGGUUGUUGCUGUGCAGGAGGAUGGGUCUGUGGUCGACGUUUCAGACUCCACUGAGUGCAAAUCAGCUGACGAAGACAUCAUAAAGGUUUCUGACAGAUGUGACUCCAUCUUCGUUAAUGGCAAGGAAAUGAAAAGCAAAGUGGAUACUAUUGUUAACUUCACUUACCAGCAUUUUACCACCCAAUUAGAAGUGACGGUCUGGGUUCCAAGGCUCCCGCUGCAGAUAGAGAUCUCUGAUACAGAGCUUAGCCAGAUCAAAGGCUGGAGGAUACCCGUCACCUCCAAUAAAAGGCCUACCCGUGACAGUGAGGAUGAAGAGGAUGAUGAGAAAAAAGGAAGAGGUUGUACCCUCCAGUAUCAGCAUGCCAUGGUGCGAGUCCUCACACAGUUUGUAGCUGAAUCCUCUGAGUUUGGAGGCCACUUGACCUAUAUGCUAGGCUCUGAGUGGCAGUUUGACAUCACUGACCUUGUGACUGAUUUCAUGAAGGUGGAAGAACCCAAGAUUGCUAAGCUUCAAGAUGGCCGAGUUCUCGUUGGUCGUGAGCAUGGCAUCACCACAGUCCAGGUUCUGUCACCUCUUUCCGAUUCCAUCUUGGCAGAGAAGACAGUGAUAGUUCUAGAUGACCGUGUAACCAUUACAGAUCUAGGAGUACAACUAGUUUCAGGCUUGUCCCUCUCCUUACAAAUCAGCAAAGGAAAUAAGAGAGCUAUUGUUUCUACCACCUCUGCAUAUGAUAUCCUUCAUACUCCGAAACAGGAAGCCAUAGUCAGUGCUUGGAUUUUGUUCAGUGAUGGGUCAGUGACACCGUUAGAUAUCUAUGACACCAAGGACUUCUCAAUCACCAUCACUUCACUGGAUGAGAUGGUAGUGUCUGCACACCAAAACCUUCAGUCCAAAUGGCCUGGGGUAGUGGCGGAAGGGGACGGGCAAGGACCUUUGAUCAAAAUCGAAAUGGUCAUCAGUGAGCCAUGUCAGAAAACUAAGCGGAAGAGUAUUCUGGCUGUUGGGAAAGGAAGUGUCAAAGUGAAGUUUGGUCAAAAAGAUUCUGACCAAAAAGGAAGCACUAAUGACAUUGAUGAUGUGGAUAGAGAUUUUAAAAGCCACGCAAGCAAUUCUAUAGAGAAACCUGCAGAACAAGAGAGGACAGCACAAGAAUGGUCCAAAAACCAUGAGGACAUCUCCAGUAAUGAGGACAAUGCAAACAAAAGCACAACUUUCAUAUCUCCCAUUGAUCCGGAGUCCCUGGAGGAUGGCCAGCUCCAAAAUAACCCAACUGCCUUCACAGGUUUCCCCACGCAAGUAGAAAUACCAGGAGAAAACAGUCCCAGUGAUCUCACAUUGACUUCAAGAGGAUUAACAGAUUUGGAGAUUGGCAUGUAUGCCCUGCUGUGUGUUUUCUGCUUAGCAAUCUUGGUCUUUUUGAUUAACUGUGUGGCAUUUGCUUGGAAGUACAGGCAUAAAAGGUUUGCUGUGAGUGAGCAAGGCAACAUCCCCCAUUCCCAUGAUUGGGUCUGGCUUGGAAAUGAGGUUGAACUGCUGGAAAACCCAGUUGACAUUUCGCUCCCGUCAGAGGAGUGCACUACCAUGAUUGACAGAGGAAUGCAGUUUGAAGAAAGCAACUUUCUCCUUAAUGGGAGUUCUCAGAAGACUCUUCAUAAUCAUAUCCUCAGAUCUUCUGAGUACCUUUGUGAAAAAGAAGUUAAAAGUGAACCUAUAAAUCCUUCUGGGCCAAAGCAGAAGCGAGUAAAGUUCACUUCAUAUACAACAAUACUGCCGGAGGAUGGAGGCCCCUACACCAAUUCAAUUCUAUUUGACAGUGAUGAUAAUAUUAAAUGGGUAUGCCAAGAUAUGAAUCUUGGUGAUUCCAAGGAACUUAGGGACUAUAUGGAAAGACUGCAAGACAAUAUGUAA